GUCAUUCGGGAGCCCUCGCAGCGGCUCCGGGUCGUGAUUCCGUGAGAGCGCUUCGCGGUCCGCUUUCUUUCUUCCAGCCCACCCAGUGCCUUAAAAUAUGCCUGUGUGGGCAGAGAGGCUGAAAAAGUGGGGCUCCCUUUUCGGCUGAUAAGUGGAUAGCUGCUAUUUUUCCACCGCAGAAGGCGCUUGAGAGCAGCCGCCUUUGACGGCAGCAGCGAGGAAGAAGAGGGACAGCUGACAUUGGUGCCUCAAGAGGAUUGCCAGGGAUGGCAAGAUGCCCCUUGAGGUGAAAUGGCCCUUUCCCCGGGCCCCACAUCUGCCCUGGAAUUUGGCCAGCAGGCUGGUCAUGGGAUUGGUGGGCACCUACAGCUGCUUCUGGACCAGGUAUAUGAAUCAGCUGAAUGUCCAUAACGAAGAAGUACUAUAUGAGCUAAUUGAGAAGCGCCAGCCAGGCACCCCGCUCCUCACUGUCUGCAACCACCAGUCCUGCAUGGAUGAUCCGCACCUGUGGGGUAUCCUGAAAUUACGACAUGUCUGGAAUUUGCAGAAGAUGCGCUGGACCCCAACAGCUGCAGACAUCUGUUUCACCAAGGAGCUACAUUCUCGUUUCUUUAGCCUUGGGCGAUGUGUCCCUAUCUGUCGAGGAGACGGUGUCUAUCAGAAAGGCAUGGACUACAUACUUGAGAAGCUCAACCAUGGAGACUGGGUACAUGUGUUCCCAGAAGGCAAGGUGAACAUGACUCAAGAGUUCAUGCGCUUCAAAUGGGGUAUUGGACGCCUUCUGGCUGAGUGCCACCUGCAUCCCAUUAUUCUGCCCCUCUGGCAUGUAGGAAUGAACGACGUCCUCCCCAAUGCACCCCCUUAUGUGCCCCGCAUUGGACAGAAAAUCACUGUGUUAAUUGGGAAGCCAUUCAGUGCUCGGCCCUUGGUAGAGCGGCUGCGGGCAGAGAACAAGUCAGCGAUGGAGAUGCGCAAAGCAUUGACUGACUUCAUUCAGGAAGAGAUCCAGAUGCUGAAGGAGCAGGCCGAGAGACUGCAUCAGACUUUCAAGCUGCAAGGCUAGCCAUAGCGCUAGGAUGAGCACAGGAGGCCCUUCCACUGAAGUGUGGAUUGUGGAAUCCUGAGCACGAUAGGAAGGGCGGACCCUGCACGAACUACCUCUGUCCUUCACUUUGGCGUGAAAUGUUCCCACACCUGCUGCCUGUGCCACAAGCGGACUGGUGGUGCAUACAGAGGAUUGGAUGCAAGUUGCUGAGCCGUGUCUUGUGCCUGUCUCCUGAACAGUGGGUCUCAGAACUGCUGUUGUAUGCAGGCAUUCCUGUUGCCAGAAACCCGAGGUGCUGCUGGGGCUUCCAGUUAGUGGAUGUUGACGAUGCAUGCACAGGAGCAGAGAGAGGAGUUGUGGUGGGGAGAGGAGUAAGGCAAGCUGUAUCCCUCCUUGCAGUGAUCCUGCUCUGCACCAGCUUCCCUUGUUCAGUGCAGUGGGGGCUGGAGGAAAUAGGUGAUGGGUUCUGCAAGUUUCUCCCCUUUUGUAGAAUAUUGGUCUGUAGGUGACUUUUAUACUUGGCCUUUUUCCAGUAAAUUAUUCCAAACCGUG